AGAAAGAAUGCGUGCUUUCAUUAUAUUGGCCCUCGGCCUGGCGGUGGCUGCUGCCGGUCCUACAUCUCAGAGGAUUGUUGGGGGAUCUGUGACAUCGAUCGGUCAGUACCCUCAUGCUGUCGCUAUGCUUCUUUCACCAACCGGAUCUGGAUCAUUCUGGCAGGCUUGUGGUGGUGCUAUUUUAAAUAACAGAGCUAUCGCCACUGCUGCUCACUGUUUCAUUCAUCAUCCUUCCGCUACCCAAUGGCGUCUACGCGUUGGCUCUACAAACGCUAACAGCGGUGGUAUUGUCCAUACCACCAAUAGAAUCAUUAUUCAUCCCAACUACCAUAGACCAACCGCAGACAGUGACGUUGCAGUCGUAAGAAUCAAUGGCGUGUUUGAUUUUAACAACAACAACGUUCGUAAUGGGCGCUUCGCUAGCUCCAAUUACAACUUAGGCGAUAAUCAGGCAGUGUGGGCCAUCGGAUGGGGAUUUACUAGUUAUGGAGGUCGACCUUCUGAACAGCUUCGCCACGUUCAAGUUUUCACUAUUAACCAAGCUGUCUGCAGAAGCCGUUACGCUGAGUUAGGUCGCGCUAUUACUGACAACAUGUUGUGCUCCGGUGUGCUCGAUGUCGGCGGCCGCGACCAAUGCCAGGGAGACUCUGGCGGUCCUCUGAUGUACAAUGGCAUUAUCGUCGGUAUUUGCUCUUGGGGAGAAAGAUGUGCCUUGGCUCGCUACCCUGGUGUCAACGUUCGUGUAUCCCGUUUUAUUACUUGGAUGCAAAACAAUGUAUAA